UGUCAUUUCUAUUUAUGGCGGUUGGUGUGUGGUUCGUGGAUCAUUGAGGCUUGUUUGUGCCUUCUUAAUUUUAUAGAAAAUCGUGUAAAAAGGCUGAAUUUUAUAAAUUUAUUAGACGACGACUUUACUGCAAAUGUGAAUUUAUCUUAACGACUUUUAAACAAAUAACGUUUUAUUAAUCUCGGAUUUAAAAUAGCGAGGAUUGACUGCUAAAGAUGGUGGUCGAUGUAGAGAAACUGACUGAUGCGGAGCUCCGCACCAAGCUCCUAGAAUUCGGUUUUCCAGUAAUGCCCAUCACGGGUACUACCAGAAAAGUGAUGGCAAAGAAACUGAAAAUGCUUCUAGAGAACAAAAAUAAGAUUGGUGGUGAAGGUCGAAGGUCUCUGGGACGUUACUCAAGCGAGGAAGAGAGUGAUACAGACAUGAAAGUAACUACAAAGAAAAAAGACAACAGGAGGGUAACUAUGGGUGCACCGUUGAUGCAGCCACCAUCUGCAAGUCCAAAAAUUAGAAAAAGCACGCGGUUUAAUGAAGUUGUGGAACCAGAGAUACCCGUGAGUCCAGUGAAAAGAGAAAUACGCACUACCACAACUACAUCCAGCAGAAGUCAGAAAAUCAUAAGGAAUGCCCAAGACGAAUUUGAUACUGGGUCAGAUUCUGAGUCUGAUAUCACCAACUAUCAGUCAUCAAAAGUUGCCUUAGAUGGAAGAGGAUCUCCACUGAAAUCUCCAUUGUCGUCUAGUAAAUAUUCACCACCAAAGUCAGUGGAGACUUCUUAUUCAACUUCGAGGAACAUAUCUUUCAAUACCAAUACUUCACCAAGCCGGCAUUCUAAUUAUAAUUCUCCUUCUUUGGCUUCUGAGUACGCUAGUGACAGAUUGAAUCAGAUCAGAUCCAGACUCAGUCUUAACAGUCCAAGUUACGAAAAGCCUUCCUAUUCUUCUCCAACUCGUGAAAAAGAAGAAACUCCCUUCCUGAGUAACUUUACUAAGCGUUUAUCAACUAUGCAAUCUCAAAAUAAUGAUUAUGAUUAUAAAAACGACAUUAUCAAAGAGCAGGAUGUCAAUGGAUCUUCCGGUUAUGUGAGAUCUCAAUUGGGCAGUUUUAGGUCAACCAGGGGUAGAGAACCGACCUAUGAUUACAGAUUCAACAGGAACAACAUUCUGAAGAACAAUUUCGUUUCUUUUGCUGUGCUGGCUGGUGCUGCACUGUUUUUCGUGUUGCUAGCCAUCAUGUACAUGGGCAUGAAAUCAGAUACAUCUGUUAUUCCUUCUGAUUACAUUGUACCACAGUGUAUUAAGAACGACCGGUCAACGAAACCAUUCAUAAACUGCGUUCCCGAAGAUCACGUCGCCACCGCCCUUCAUCUGUUAAACGUCAUAAAGCCGCAACUGCUCAAACGAGCCGUCGCUCAUAAGUGUUUUGAUCCAACGAUUAAACCGCAAAUGACAGAGUCUGAGAUUCUUGAUUUUUGCAUAACGAAUUUCGCUAUAAAGGAUCCAAAUCAGAUAAGAAGCGAUUUAAAUAAUUUAUUAAUUAUGACAUUUAACAACCCGGAAUGGGGUCUGAACGUCGCUCAAACCCAAGACAAUAACGGAGCCGUUACCGAAAAAGACAUAGCCAAAAAUAUGGAAGAAGUAAUUUUCAACACUGACACGAAAUUGACUAGCUUAGUCAUUCUAAGGCCUCUAUUACCCUGGAAGUGCACGUUUUUCAAUAGUUUCUAUCUAAUAUUCAAUAGCGUCUUGUUCGUUGUAUUGGUUUUCGGCAGUCUAUACCUACUUAAUUUGGGCUACAAAUACUACAAGCACCACAAGGAAAAGCAGAAGGAUGAAAUCGGAUUUUUGGUCGAAAAAAUCAUCAACAUUUUGCAGACGAGCGCAGAUGAAGACAGCAACGAUAACUAUUUGGUUAUCAACCACGUUAGAGACAUGAUUUUGCCCGUUGGAGACAGACAAAAGAAAGCAAAUACUUGGGCGAAGGCUGUAAAUUUCAUAAACGAAAAUGAAUCCAGAGUGCGCACCGAAAUCCAGGAAGUUCAAGGCGAACCUUUCGAGGUUUGGCGGUGGAUAGGGCACACGAAUGUCAGCAUUAGCGGGGACAGCUCUGUAUACAAGUACCGACCAGGAAGAAGAAUCGUCGAUGUGCAAUAUUUGCUCGGAGAGGUUAACAAAUUCCCACACAAAUUUUUAAAAUUCUGCAAAAACGGUGAUACGUUUAUUAAAAACGAAAUCAGAGAUGGUUUCGUUUCUGUAUUCGUUUUUGAAUGCAGAAAGUGCAAAGUUCAACACGCCGUUUGCAGCGAACAACAAGAUUCUGAUUAUCUGAGUGUAAAUUUGGCUUUCGUGGCUGGUAUACUGAGCUUGGGAUUGAAUUUGUUCACUUUGAACGAAAUUUGCAGUUCCUUGCAUAUACCUGCCGUCAACGCGGACGAAUUCAAUCAGUACGUCGACGAAAUAUAUGAUAUAUACAAUGAAUCUAUUACCGAUAGCGAGAGUUCUAGUUUUAUUAAAUCACCUAUAAGAACAUCAACACCAAUGCUAAACGGCGUUAAUAAAUAUCGCUCUAAGAAGGCUGAAUUCUUGAAAGAACUGCAAAAAACCCCAGAAGAAAUUCUUCAACUAUCCAAACUGACCAAAAAUCAAAACGGCGAUCCGUUGUGGUUCGAAGAAAGAAAAAAACGUCUAACCGCUUCGAAUUUCGGCCGCAUUUCCAAAUUACUUGAUACGACAAACAGGAAAAACGUCGUUCAAUAUCUUUUGCACUCGAGUUUUACUGGAAACGUUUACACCAAAUGGGGUAAUGAUAACGAACCAAAUGCUCUGGAUAGUUUCCAGAAAUUAUUAGGAGUAACUGUGACAACUUGCGGUUUGUUUAUACAUCCAGAUUACCCGUUUCUAGCAGCUUCACCUGACGGUUUGAUAGAACCAGACGGUUUGAUUGAAAUCAAAUGUCCUUACAAAGCGAAAGACGUUACACCUGAAGAGGGUAUCAAAAAGGGACUGAUAAAGUGUGCUUAUAUAGAAGAAAACGGUGUAUUCAGGCUAAAGAGAGAAGAUAAAUACUACUAUCAGGUACAGGGGCAGCUUUUUGUAACUGGUAGAACGUAUUGCUAUUUUAUAUUGUGGACGCCAUAUGGUUUGAUGUACGAAAAAAUUUUCAAAGAUGUUGAUCUGUGGGAAAAGAUGUUUCCUAAAUUGGAAGAGUUUUAUUUUGAUCAUUUGCUGCCUGCUAUUUUGAAGGAGUCGAACGUUUAGUUGUUUUUAUUCCUAGAUCUUUGUUUAAUCUCAAUUUUUAGAAAACGUUUUUUUAUUUUUGUUUACAUUUUUUCAACCAAAGUAUUAAAAUAUUGCAAUAGUUAAUAGGUUUUAUGUUUUGUAUUAUCGUAUUAGGCAGCUGUUUCUAAAACGGCAAUAUUUUUUAUUCGGUAGAUUUAAGUCGAAAACGGACUAUUUCAAUAAAAGAAAGAAAAAUUAAAGCUUCAUUAAUUUUGGUUUAUUGCAAAGUAUUUUUUAUUUGGCACAUAAAAAAUAACUGUUAAUAAUUCUCAGAAUAACUGCAUUUUUUGUAUAUUGAAAUAAUCUUUAAACCUAACCCAAUCUAGAUAUUAUGAGGUAGUAUAUUGAAACAUUCUAAG